UUUCAUUGACAUCGUUACUGCUGUUAGCAAUGGAUCGUCAAGAGAGAAGUGAGGAGAGAAACCACGCAGAUAUGCGCGGAAGAGAGAGAGAAGAGAGGAGAGAGUAUGUGAAGGAGAGGAGAAGAAAGAGAGACCAGCGGAUCGAAAACACAGAGGUCCCGCUGGAGAAACCUUUCGGAGACAUGGAUAACAACCCCGUGGUGGACGAAUUUGCUCUGCUUGGCCUUCAGAGAAACAUGAGGCGUGAGCUCGGAGACAGCAGGGUGAAGCUCACCCAAGCUGUAACUGAGGGCAGAGUCAAUUUGGAAGUCAAGGAGGAUGCUGUGACUAAUAUCCUUGAUCAGCUCAGAGGACAGAAAACCUGGAGCCAUGAGAAAGAGCUGAUGGAGAAAGAGAUUUGUGCCCUGAAAGACCAGCUUACUAAGGCCCAGUCUAAUAUCCAGUCCAGGACGGACACCGAGGAAUUGACAUCACAGGUCCAAAUUCUAUGUAAGAAACUGUCUCUCACUCUGGAUGAUCUUGAUGCACAGAAGUCUUACAGCAAGCGCCUUGAGGAGAGAAUCCAAUCGAUGCGAGAGCAUAGUGCUUUGAAGAUGGUGGAGGAGGCUAGAUAUGUGGACUCACUGCGGGCCAAAGCCGCCGAGACACUGAAGAUAGCCACCGAUGACCUUGAGGAUCAGAUUGCGAAGACCAAGGAUGUUCAGGACAAGUUGGAGAAAGUUGAGGUUGAGAAUAAAAACCUCAAGGAGGAAGUAAAAGCGAUGGAAUUAGAAGUCCACGCUGCAAAGCAGCUGCAAACAUUGGCUGAACACAGCACCAAGAUAGCUGUUCAAAGCCUGGAGGUGCAGCUCUUUGACAAAGACGCAGAAGUGUUUGUGGCUCGCUCGAAAGCCGAACAGCUGGAGGCCGAUCUUGUAUUUCAGAAAUCUCAAGUUCAGAAGCUGCAGGAGAGGCUGGGCAAGAAAACGGAAGCUCUUCAAAAACAAAAGGAAGAUGCUAAGAAAGCCGCAGAAAGAACCCAGACUUACCAUCGUCUCCAGACUGACGAACACAAAGCAGAAACCAGGAAGGUCGCAUUUGCCUUGAAAAAGGCCGAGGACCUGCUGGUGACCGAGCGGCUCUGCUGGCGGCAGGAGAAAUCCUCCCUUCUGGAGGAAAGGAAGAAGCAGGACGAAGCUGCAGCUCUGCUUGCCGAUCAGUUGGACAAGCAGAAGCACGAGAACGACGCCCUUUUAUCUGCUCUGAGAAGUGCUGAGCAGGAACUGCAGGACCAUCAAAUUGAGUGGCAGGAGCUAAAGACCUCCCUCAUUCAGACCUCAGAAGAUCUUAAGAAGACCCUACAGGUCAAGGAGGAGGAGUGGGGUGAGACAAAAAGCUCCAUGAAGGCCCAACUGGAAGAUCUCAUCAACAAGAAGAAGAAAAAGAAGAAGUGGUUCCGAAAGCUCUUCUAGAGCCCAAAUCCACACUCAACACUGGAGUCUUGCUGAAAACACACACACAUUUGUCAACCCUGUGCUACUUUGGGUUUUCCCCGGGUGCUCCGGUUCGCCCACCUUCAUUGAGGAAGAAAUUCUUCAAUAAUAACAAAAAAGUUCCAUCAGUUCAGGCUGCAUGACAACAUCUGCACAACAUCGCACAAUCUGCCCUGUAUUCUCCCAUUUAGCUAUGGGAGAUUUUCAGGGAAAGGUUGUUGAUGUUGAGGGCAGAAGUUUAUGUACAGCUGAACUUUGUAGCACUAGCGGUUUGACAAACUGAUUUUUAUUACAUCUUUUAUUCCAUCUCUCGCUGUGUUUCAGCUGAAACCAACAGCGGGAAUAAAUGUAGUAAUGGACCAGUUUUAAAGGGAUGUUCCAAUAAACGACUGCACGACAACCAUACACUGCGGUAAAUGGAUCCAGAUGUAAACCGCCACCAAGAAGUCACAAAUGAUGCUCAGGACAUCACCAGACUCCAGCAACAGGACAAACAGGGUCUCAGCACAAAGUCGGUGGCAUCUAACCUCCGCUAGCUUAGCUGGGUUUCUACUGUGAAGCUAAAGAUUUCAACUCUUCCCCAUCAGCUUCUGGUUCGGGGAAGUCCCGACAUGACGAUUACCAAAUGCAGUUAGAAAAUGCUCAAUUCUGUUGUUGUCCCU